UAUUGCUAGCGGAACGUGUGUAAUGUUUUUAUGUUUAAAAUAUAAUUAAACAAUUUUAAUUUAAGUUUAUUUUUUUAACACAGUUGUGUUAUUAUUAAUAUAAUAAAAUGCCUGUUUUAUGUUCAGCAAAAUGUGGUCAAAAUGCAGUACUCAAGGUAUACAAUAUUUCUAGAAAUUUACAAUCUAUGUUUAAAUUAAUGUGUCUUUCAACUUUGGCGUUAUCAAAAUAGUUUUACAGUAAUAACUUUAAGAUUACCAUUUGAAAAUAAGUAUUUUAUAUAGACCUGUUAUUUACUGAUACGUUCCAAGUAUUGAUAACAUUAUAAAUAAAUAGUAACAAUAUUUAAAAUCUAUAAAAGUGGUAUAUUAUAUUUAAAAUUACAUUGCAGAAUUAGGAUUUAAUUUCCAAAUCCAAGCCUUUUAAUUGGUUAAGUAAAAAAAAAACACAUUGGUUAUAUAUAAUAUAUAUUAUAAAAUUGGCAGUGAACAUGUUAACGCAGUCCAAUACUCAAAGCCUUUUCAAUUUUAAAUCUUUGCCUACGCCUUUUCCAGCUAUGAGGUUUGGCUACAAUAAUUCUAAACUUCCACUUAAUUUGAUCUAAAUGGCUUAUAAUUGCUGUCCUUAUAUCAUUCUCAAUCAAAUCCAACCACUUUUUUUUGGUCUUUUCUCCAAUUCCUUCAUUCUAUGUUUAUUUUAAUUCCAAUUACUGCUUCAGAGUCCUCUCUUCUAUGACAAGCCCAAACCAUUCAAUUUUCUUUUCUCUCAUUUUAUCUACUAUAGAUGCCACGUUUAAGCUGUCUUUACCUACUCAUUCCUUAUCCUAUUGUCUCUUGUCACUCCACACAUCUACUUAAGCAUUCUCAUCUCUGCUGCACUUAAUCUCUAUUUUAUUUGUUUGUUUACUGCCCAACACUGAAUCAUACCACAUAAUCUCACUACAUGAAUAGCUUUACUUUAAGUCUCAUUGGAAUUCUUUUGUUACAUAUGAAACCUAAACUUUUAUCCAAUUUAUCCAACUACUCAUAAUCCUAUGUUUCACAUCCUCAUAAAAGCCACCUUUAUUUUAUUUGAAAGAUCAUAGGUAUCUAAAAUUCUCUACUUUACCUAUAACUGCUUGUCAUUAGCCAGAGUUAUUAGUAACUCCUACUUGUCCUGUUCUUCCAAACUCAUUCUCUGUUUUACUUUUACUUAUCCUUAUUCUUUUUCUGUCAAAUACCCCUCAUUCCUCAAGCUUAUUGUUAACUUAUUCCACCAUGGUACCUCCUUUUGCCUAUUUUACCCUUAGCACUUCCUAGAUAGGACAAUCUGACAAAGUUUUGUUUAGAACUCAUACUAUUUGACAGAUUUUUACACCAGCUGUCGACCUGACACAACCCUAUUUGUCAGGUUAACUCUACUUAUGUAUAUUUAUUUUAUAAUGAUUAUAAGAGGCAUUGUUAAGGUAUAUACAUAAUCUUGAUAAUGUUCACAAGCAAUUCAGUGGAUUGAUUUUACAGUUAUUCUGCAUAUAUUUAUUUUAUUUUUAUUACAAAUUAUUACUUUAAACAUUACAUUAAUUUGGCUAAAAUAAAUAACUAAUAAAUAAAUAGUUUUUGUUUUAAUUUUAGCGCCCUAAAACUGGAGAUACAUUAUGUAAAGAAUGUUUUUUUUGGGCAUUUGAACUAGAAAUACAUAGCACUAUUAUAAAUGGUAAAUUAUUUAAAAAAGGAAAUGUUGUAGCAAUUGCAGCUUCUGGCGGAAAAGAUUCCACUGUAUUAGCUCAAGUUCUCAAGACACUGAAUGAACGUUAUAAUUAUGAAUUAAAAUUGGUAUUAUUAUCUAUAGACGAAGGAAUUACUGGUAAUAUUAUAAUAUUAAAAUAUAUUUUAUAAACUAUUAAGAAAAAAUUUCAUUGGAUUUAUUAUUUUUUCACACCAUAGUUUGGUAAACUGUACUUUAUUUAUAAUCUGUUUAUAACCUAACCUAUAUCUAAUGAUUACUAAGAAAUAGAAAAAUAUGACAUAUUAUAAUAUAUGUUAUGAUGGAAAAAUAAAUAAAUCUAGUUUUUUUUUAUUUAUUUUUAAAUAUUAUUUUAUUAUUUUUUGGGAAAUAUUGCUAGAUAUUCAACUUAUAAAUUGUUACUCCGGUGAUGUUCAACAUAUUUUUUUUUUCGAGGUAGAGUAUAAUUUUCAUUUAAAUAUGAAAAUUUGUACAAAUAUUUACUAACUGUCAAAUAUGCAAAAUAAAACUUUGUAAAUCAUUUGUAAUAGUUAAUAUAAUAUAUUUAUCAUUAUUUAUUGUUAUUGUAAUAUUCAUACAGAAUAUUAAUAAAAAUCUACAAGUAUGGAGUAACAUUCAAAUUUGUGCUUUCCUUAUAACAUACAAGCAUUUUGGUAUCAGUUGCUUUAAUCGGGGAGUAAGGGGAAGUUUUUACCACCUCACCACUCUUGUCAUCAACUGUCCGCUAUUGGGCCAGGUAUAAACUGUUGUCAGGCUAGUUUUUGGUCGCAAGCCUACAAACUUCAUUCAUAUCAUUAUAUUUUUUAUGAUUUAUGUUACAUGCAACCACUUUUGGUUUGUUUGUAAAUGAACUACCUUUAAAUUCUAAGCGGAUCAUGGAAUAUAUUGAUUUUACCAUGGUUUUUAUUCUGUGAACAACUAUUGUACUAGCAAUAUUGCUCAAAUUUUCAAAUGUUUCUGAAAGAAAAAAUUGUAUGGGGCAGUCAUUUUUUGAUUUUCCUAGUGAUUUUCAUAAUAAUUGGGAAUAAAUAGGUAAAUAUAUGAAAUUUUAAUGUAAAAAAACACUUUUGGAAAAAAAAAAAAUUUGAAAAACGCGUUUAGGUCAUGAACUAGAUUUGUUACAAAUUCGCCUUUUUCCAACUUCUCAUCUACAAUAAUGGCCCAUCCAUUGUGGAAAGUAUGUCCGUUUUUUUAGAUUCUGAGUGGAGUGAAGAAGCUUAUGGGUUUACAAAGUUGUUUAUUUAUUAAUUUUUUUCUACUAGAAGUCUCUCCGAUUCACAAGUAUAGCACUUUUUCUGAAAGGAAAUUGGACUGGGGAGGUACUUUAAGGAGGUCAUUUAUUGAUUUUCUCAAUAAAUAGGAAAAAAUGUACGAAAUGUAACUAUAAAAACACGGACAUACUUCGCAUAUGGGUGUAGCCUCUGUUGUCGGUGGAAAGUGGGGAAUAUAGGAUAUAGACGAAAAUUAAAUGUAUAUCUGUAAGCAACAAUGAACCAUGGAUUUUCGAAAAUCGCCUCCGGGUGUUAGUUAGAUCCAAUAUAAUGAGAACUCUCGUACUAAAAGUCCGAAGACAUAAGGUCCAUGGACAAAAAGUCAGGACUCUUAUUUUAUUGCGGAACAUAAAUUCCGAGUACAUUUUUUUAUUCUACAAUAAUAAUAAUAAUUUAAAUUAAAUUACGUUUUGAAAAAUAGUCAAUAUAAAUAUUGAUCACUCUACAAUAAUAAAAAUAUUAUCAAUUUUCAGUUUACCAUUGGAAUUUAUUAAAAUGGACAUUUUUUCGAACGUUUCCACCGAAUACUCGAAACAAGUGUAUGAUAAACCUUAGGUAUAUGAAUAUCCAUUAAAAACAAUUUUUUUUUCUUUAUAUGGUAUAAAUAUUGUUGAAAAAUAAUUGAUUUAUUAGAUGUAGAUUUAUCUAAAUCGUGUAUAAUAUUAAUAAUAAUAAGAAAAUAAUUUUUUUAUUUUUCUGUUUUUUUUUGUCUGACAAUAAAAAUGAAUCCGGACUUUUUGGUCCAACUUUUUUUUGAAACGUACUUUUUGACCAAUUGCCAAUAAGAACGUAUACCCUAACGUAGGGCUGACAGUAUUUUUGGUUUACCGAUAUUUGGAAAUUUUUGUGUCACAGUUUACCGUUAAAACCGUAGGAUACGGUAUACUGUAUAGGUACCAAAAUAAAUCGUUUUUAAAGAACAUUUUGUGUUUUGUUUAAGAAAAAAUAUAAAAUAUGAUGUUGAUAAAUUGAUAACAGAAUUAUGAAAUUAAUUAAUAUUAAAAUCACCAAAAACUUUGUUUAACUAAGUAAGUUAAAUAAGUUAAGUUAAAUUAUUGACAUAAAGGUCUCAAUUCGUAGAUUGGUUUGCUCUGUUUGCCAUCUUCCUAUACUUUGUUUUUCUCUUCAUUUAUGCAUAUUUGCAUCUUUGUCCUUUAUUAUCUGUUCAAUGUCUAUAUAUCAAUAUCUUUAAAUCUUCAAUGUUCUAACCUUGUCCAUGGUUCUUCCUCUCUACGCUUCCUUCUAUAUAAUCAGUUUUAACAAUCCUUCGCGUCCCACUAUAUGGUCUGCCCAUUCGUUUCGUCUUCUAGCUAUAUUUCUCCAUAAUAACUUUCCUUCUAAUAUUCUUUUCAGCGCCUCUUCAUUGGUUACUCUGUCCAUCCAACUUAUCCUUAACACUCUUCUAUUGCACCAUAUUUCACAGGACUCCAGUUUUUUUCGUUAUCUCACUGUUAUUGUCCAGGUCUUACACACAUAAAGUGCCAUACUCUAUACAUUCGUCUUCAAUACAUUUUUCCUUGUUUUUAGGCUAAUGUUUCUUGAUGUAAGUAGAGUUUUCUUGUUAAGCUGUUAGGCUGUUUUGGCUUGAUAGAUACGUUUUAUUAUUUUACUUCCAUUCUUUCCAUUAUUGCUGAUUGUGCUCCCCAGUUAUGUAAAUUCAUCUAAUUAUUUUACUAUUUGGUUUCCUCGUAGUUUUAUCUGUACUCUGGUUUUAUUUUCCCUUCCACAUACGAUCAUUUUUGUCUUUUGCACAUUUAUUUUCAUUUGCAAAUUCUUAAUAAAUAAUUCAUCCGUGAUUUUGGUUAGUUGAUCCAAAUCUUCCUUAUUUUCAGCAAUUAAAGCUAUGCCAUCGACGAAACGCAACGUACUUAUAUUCUGGUCGUUAAUCAUUAUCCCUAAAUUUGUAAUUUCUUUAGAUAUAUAGAAGUCUUUUGUCUGCGUGUUUUUAUCCCCAUUCUUGACGUCAUAUUAAAUAUUACUGUCAAAUUCAAAUUAUCAUAAAAUCUUUCCUAAUCCUUUUUUGAAUUAAUAGCCUUUAUGCCAAUAUUGCUAUUCUUGUUACCAUAUUUUUUUUCUGAACUCGAAUUGGUCCUCAGUCAGCAAUCUUGGCGUCAAUACAUUAGCAUAUAAUAUUUGUUAGCGAAGAUAGUGUUAAGACCACCGGUCUAGGUGUUGUAAAGUCCAUCCGGUUUAAGUGUAAUAAAACGUAGUUAUUAGUAUUCUAUUUGUAUUCAGAAGACCUUAGUUACAUUUUAUACAUUAUCAGUUGUGUCAUAAAUAAUUAAUUAAUAGUGGAGUUUGUAAUAAGGAAAAGUAGCACAGAUAUAUAUUUAGAAUAGUAAUUGUCUUAAUUAAAGGCUCGUUUUCAGUAUAUAGAGAGCACGUGGGGGACACUAGUCAACCAGUCGUAACCAAAUGUUAGACAAGUACUUAUGUAUAUGUCAUGUCUGUGCGAAUAAUAAACUUUAAGUCUAGAACAAUUGUGUUUAUUUUCUUAAAUUAAAAUCCAAAUCCUUAAAACUCGUUCUGAGUCUACUCGGCUCAUAAAAAUAGAAACGAUUAAAUUCGAUAAUGGUAUUUUUACAAAAAAUCUCAACGAACCUACAUUAUCAUCAUCAUCAUAAUUAUCUUUCCUAUCGUACCAUUUUAUAUACUGUUCAUAAAUUUUCGGUAUAUCGGUUCAAACCAGUAUUGAACACAAUACCGUACUAUUGGUAUUCAUUUUCAAUACAGGUGCGAAUUGAAUUCGAUGAUAUUGUCUGUUGUGAUUUUGAAUGGGCAUUGUCGGUUUCCGCCAAAAAUUUACCCUUUCCUUUUCCCUUAAUGAAAACAUUUAAUCUAAUAUUCCAAUAAAUAUUAAUUUAUAAUUGUAUCUAUUACAAUCAUUAAUUUGACAAAUAAAUUAAUUAAAAAUCUAGGAAGUUUUUUUCUAUUUAUGCAUUUUACAAAUGUUGUUAAUUAUUUAUUGAAUACAAGGUAAAAUUAGUGUUAAUAUUCAGUGAUUGUUAUUUCUUACCUAAAGAAUUUCCUACCUUAUUUUUUUUGAUUAUUGUAUAAAUUCAAACUUAUUUUUAUUAUUUAUAAUUUUUUUUUCGUUGGAAGAUAAGUUACGUUGUAUGGUAAUUUCCAUCCAAUGAUCAUUUAUCGAAUAUAAAAUUACUGAAUAUCGUAUUUUUCUAAUGCUAUUGAUUGUAUUUCCAAUGUUCAAAUGUUGUUUGUUGUAUUAGUUAUAAUAUUUUAAUUUAUUGUCAAUAUUUGUGUUUAAAUAUCAUUUUACUUCGUAAAAUGAAUAUUGUACAAUUAUUGUAAGUUAUGCAAAUGUAUUAUAAUAUAACUUACAGUAAGUCUUAGAGUAAAUAUAAAUAAUAUGACAUUUAUAUUUUUUAUAAUUUAAUUUAAUCACCACUGUAAAACAAUAACUGUAAAUUUUUCAUAUUUUUUGUGAACAUUUUGAAAUUUUUUUAUUUGGUAGAAAACGGAAAGGUUCAUUUUUGGCUGAAACGGGUAAUUUUUCCGGAUAUUUUUUAAACCCUUUUUCCGAUAGGAAACAUUUUACUGUUGGGUACCAUACUACAUCAACAGAGUUUGCAAGAGGUAGUAUACAACAUGAGUAAUUAAUAGUGUUCUGUUUAACCAGCUCAAAACAUAUAUGCCUAUAAAAUUUAAAUUAAAUUUACAGAACACCAUUACACUAGAGCUUUAAACUUAGACUCUCUAACUAUAUUAUUAUUAUCAUCUACUCUUUGACUAACAAAAAAAUAUUUGAUUAAUAAUGAUUGAUAAUAUUUGUUAUAUUUGUAAUAGGUUAUAGAGAUGAUAGCUUGAAAACAGUUUUAGAAAAUAAAGAUGAAUAUCAAAUGCCUUUAAAGAUUUUAUCAUAUGAACAGUUGUAUGGAUGGUCAAUGGAUAAAAUAGUAACUGAAGUUGGACAUAAAAAUAAUUGUACAUUUUGUGGUGUAUUCAGAAGACAAGCUUUAGACAGAGGCGCAAUGUUAUUAAAUGUUGAUUGUAUUGCGACUGGUCAUAAUGCUGAUGAUAUUGCAGAGACUGUGUUAAUGAACAUUUUACGUGGUGAUGUAGCUAGAUUACAAAGAUGUGUAAAUAUUAUAACUGUAAGUAUCUAAUAAAGUAGGUAUUAUAAGUUAAUAUAACUUUUAAAUUAAAAUAAAUAAAAAAUAAAUUAAAUUAUAACAUGCAUGUGAUCGGAUGUUAAUACAUAAUUCAUUUUGGAUACAUGUAGUUAUAUUAUUAUUUAAAAUAUAAUGAAUAAAUAUAAAUAUAGUUUAAAAAAUAAUUAUUUUCCAUUAAAGGUAAACAUGGUUUCACACGAAGUUAUACCCAUUGUAAUAUUUCCAGAGAUAAAAGAAAGAGUCAAUUUUUUUUUCAUAUUACUCAUUGGGAUAAGGGCUACAAAUAUUUGUAUUUUAAUUAAAUAUUUAUGUUUUGGUAAAAAAAAAAUAAAUAAAUUAUUAUUCAUUAAUUUUAAUGAAUAUAAAAAGUUGAAACAUCAACAUUUUAAGAACAAUAAAAUAUAAACACUGCUUAUUUUGGAUUCUGAGUGGAGCGAAGAAGCUUAUGGUUUUACUAAGAUGUUUAUUUUUUUUAGUUUUUAUUUUCUAUGGACAACUUCCCUACCAGAUCACUUGCUCCGAUUUUUAUGUGUAGCAACUUUUCUGAAAGGAAAUCAAUGUGAUCUAAGGUACCUCCUCUUAGAAAGGUGAUUUUUCAAUUUUCUCAUCAAAUGUAAAAAACUGAAAAAAAAAAAACUGUAAUGAAGGAAAUAUAUUUGUAUAAUAUUACAAUAUAUUUUUUCUGUGGAUAAUUUUUCUACCAACAAUUUUGCUCCAACUUAUAUUGAUAGCAAUUUUUUUAAAAGGAAAUUUCACUGGCGAUAUACUUUAGAAAGGUCAUUUUUGAUUUUCUCCAGAGUUUUCUCAGCAAAACUGGGGAAAUCAGUAUAACAUUAAACAAAUAUUGUUAAAGAUAAUAUAUUGAGCCUAUUUAAUUAUUUUACUUUAAAAUGACAUAUAUAUUGUUAACAAAGCAUCACUAUCAACUGAACUUGCUCAGAAUUAUUUUUUCGGAAGUAAUGGUUUAUCGUUGCUUACAGGUAUACAUUAAAAUACCUAUAAAAAUGGCUGCACCCGUCUCCAUUAUCCUAGGAUGUCUUUUUCUUUUUUACAAAUUGCUUUUAUUUAAAUAAAGUUUUCAAUUAUUAAUGUGUUAAUGUAUUUUAAAGUAGAUUACAGAUUUUAAUGAAAUACAUAUAUAUUGUAAGAUUACAGAAGGUGCUAUUCCUCGAUGUAAACCAUUAAAAUAUACUUAUGAAAAGGAAAUAGUAAUGUAUGCAUAUUUCAAGAAAUUAAAUUAUUUUUCAACUGAAUGUGUUUAUGCACCAAAUGCUUACAGAGGAUACGCAAGGACAUUUUUAAAAGAUUUAGAAAGAUUAAAACCUUCAUCUAUUAUGGAUAUAAUACAUUCUGGUAAUAGUAGUAAUUUUAAAGAAAUAUUUGAAUAUUUUUUAUUUUUUAAUGUGAUUUUUUUUUUAAGGUGAGACCAUGUGUAUUAAAGAGAAUAUAAAAAUGCCAGAGAAAGGCAUUUGUACUAAAUGUGGAUUUGUAUCAAGUCGAGAUAUUUGUAAGGCAUGUAUGUUGUUAGAAGGAUUAAACAGAGGACUACCUAAACUUGGAAUAGGCAAAAGCAGUAAAGCUAAUAAAACUUUGGCUGCAUUACCAAAUCCAAGAUUUCUAAAUUUUUAAUAUAAUUUGAACAUUUAUUUAUUUUUGUGUAUAAUUAAAAGAUUAUCCGCUGUUUGUUAUUAUAUUGCUUAAUACACAAUAAAUUUUUUAUAUUUUUGAAAAAGGUUAUAAUUUAAGACAAUGUUUUUGAAAUGCAUAAUUAAAUUUAUGUAAACAUGGAUUGUCGGGUUUUCUGAUUUUCAUGGGGUGCCCAUAAUCCUAAAAUAUUUUUAACUUUUAAUCAAAAUAAAAAAAAAAAAUUAACAAAGCAUAACUUGUUUAUUGGUUUUAUUAUUGUAUUUAGGGCGCGGGGGGGGGGUGGCGACGAUGAAAAGCCAUCAUCCCAAGAAGGUAAAUUUUUUAUUUUCAGUACUAAUAAGCGAUAAUUUUUUUUUUUAUCCAUUGUCAAAAUAUAUGCCAAAAAGUGCAAGUUUUCUUAAUUAUGCCUAAGAUUAGCAAAACUAUAAAUAUGUCUUUGCCUAAAUCUUAAAAAUAAUGAAGACUCACAAUCAAAAUAAAAACAAAAUGUUUUUUAUUUUUAACUAUAAGUACAACAAAUUGUAUUUUUAAAUAAAUAAGAAGUGGU